CAACCCCGCAAAAACAUCUUCGACAAAGACGUCGACCUAGCCGACCUCGCCGAGACAGACAAAUUGCGCUUCGGCCGCGCAAAUCCAGACCAAACAGCCGACGACAUCCUCGCAGAUCGCAGCAAGCACGCCGUCAACAAAGCGGCCAUCAUGUCUGCGCUGGCGAGCUUCGACUCGGACGAUGACGAACGCGACGAUACAUACGACGUAGCAGACGUAGGCGGCACCGUCGACGCCACCACCACUGACACAGACGCCGAUGCGAAACACAAAGCGGACGAGCUCGAUCUCACGCUGCUCCGGACGUACAAGGCUACGCCGGCGCUGUUUGCUCGGGACUCGGCGACCCGUCGGUCGCAGCCACGAGCUUCGCUGAAGCGCGAGACGGGCAUGACGGAUGAGGCGAUUGAGGGGUGGGCUGUUAUGCUGGCGCGCGAUUCGAAGCGGCUGGCGAGGUUGGAGGAUCGGUUAUCGCUUUCGGAGGUCGGGCCUGGUGGGACAGGUCUUACGCAGCCGGAGAUUAAGCCGACGGCUUAUCGGAGGCCUGGACCUAGGGGCGAUGGGGAGUCAGGCAGUGAGACUGAUGAGCCGGUUGGCUCUGGGUCUCGUGGUAGAGGGGGGCCCGGAGGUGGCUCCGGGGACGGGAAUACGGCUGCGCAGCGGCAGAGGAAGGAGGAGAAUAAGGGCAGUAGGGCGAAUCAUAAUCGUCGACAGCAGAGGGCGAAGAAGGUGGCGCGGGCUGGGGGUAUGAUGGGGUAA